AUGGUGGCCACUCGAGAUGGGUCGCUGCUAUGCACCCUUGUGCUUGUCAUUGCCAACCUCUUUAUACCACUGUCCAUUGUCGUCUUUGCCACCGGAUUCUUCCCUCACAAACCCUUUCUUCCGGGCUUGGCCGACCAUGAGGCUCUCGGCCAAGGCCCGGCGCCCGGCGCCCCCUUCGAUCGGCUGAUCUUCAUGGUCGUCGAUGCGUUGAGAAGUGAUUUUGUUUACUCAGACGGCUCCGGCUUCAAGUACACACAGAGUCUCAUCCGUGAUGGCGCCGCCAUCCCCUUCACGGCCAAUGCUCGGUCUCCGACGGUGACCAUGCCCAGGAUCAAGGCUAUCACCACCGGAUCUAUUCCCUCGUUUGUUGACCUCAUUCUCAACAUCAAUGAAGCCGACACCUCGUCCACACUGGCCACUCAAGACACCUGGCUGGCCCAGCUCAAGGCCGCCGGCAAAGGCAAGCUCCUCAUGUACGGUGACGAUACUUGGCUGAAGCUAUUUCCGGAUACCUUUGAUCGGCACGACGGGACAACGAGCUUCUUCGUCUCGGACUUCACUGAGGUGGAUCACAACGUCACGCGAAACAUCGCUGCCGAGCUUGAAAGAAGUGACUGGGGCUUGAUGGUGCUGCACUACCUUGGACUCGACCACAUUGGCCACAAAGCUGGACCCAGAAGCUCCAACAUGCUUCCAAAACAGCGUGAAAUGGAUGACGUAGUCGAGACCAUAUACAAGGCCAUGGAAUCCAAACAUCACUUGCAGUCAACACUCUUGGUUCUGUGCGGCGACCACGGCAUGAAUGAUGCCGGCAAUCACGGAGCUUCCUCCCCCGGCGAGACGUCGCCCGCAUUGGUUUUUCUGUCCCCAAAGCUCCGGGAUAUCUCGCAAAAGCUGCCUGCUCCAACGCGGCCCGGCGACGAGUUUGACUACUACACAACAGUAGAGCAGUCAGACAUUGCCCCGACCAUCGCCACGCUGCUCGGCUUUCCCAUCUCCAAGAACAACCUUGGAGCCUUUAUUCCAGAAUUUCUGCCGUUCUGGCCCAGUUCCAACGACAAGGUUCAGAUUCUUGUGCGCAAUGCCCAGCAGAUUCUCGAUAUUGUGACUGCUACUUUUGGAAAAGAGCUCUUUGAUAUUCACAACACCAUCAACCCAUGUGCAUUGGAAGCCACAAGCGUUCAUGAGCUGGCCUGCGAAUGGCGCAAGAUCGGCAAGCAAGCAGCUUCACUGUCGCCUGCUGCCGAGGUCGACCACGUCUGGCUCACUGAGACGUCAGCAUGGCUGCGCAAGGCUCAAGACCUGAUGAGCAGCAUGGCGUCCAACUAUGACAUGUCCCGGAUAUUUAUCGGCCAGGGCUUGGCCAUUGCGGCCGCCAUCGGCUCUGGCGCGGUUGCAAUGCUACAAGGCGCGUGCAAAGCUGCUCACUUCGCGCCUCUCCUACUCAUCACCAUGUCAUACGGCAUUAUGAUGUUCGCAAGCAGCUAUGUGGAGGAGGAACAGCACUUUUGGUAUUGGUCCUCCACACUUUGGAUAGCGUGGCUUGGCUCGCGAGCCAUAUCGAGAACGGCGCGGCUGUCGUCUGCAAUCGGCCACCUCCUAUCCCUGGGGGCCUUGCGCUUAGCAAGAGGCUGGAACCAGACAGGUCAGAAGUUCGCAGGCGAGCCCGACAUCGUCAAGAUGUUUCUUGCCCCAAAUCCACGGCUUGUUUGGGCAUUGGUCAGCCUGACGUACAUAUCUGUCUUGAUUCAAAUGCUUCUCGACCUGCGCGGCAUCCCUGUCAUCGUUGCCUUGAGCCUGACAUUUACCCUUGUUUCUGCAGGCUUCAUCUUCAAAUUGGCCUUCACGGCCGAAGAUGCCCCUGAGCUUGUGGCGGGCCUUGCCAAGAAGCUCAAUGAUGCACUCGAGGGUCCAUCGCUGACAUCCAGAGCGCGAAUCGUUUUCCUGCUCAUGACGGUGCUUGCGGCGGUCGCCGUGUACCAAAGAAAUAGGGGUGGUCGACAUGUCAUGCCAUCUGUGCGACUCCUCCGUCACCUGUACACCCUCUUGGCAAUGACACAGUCUCGUGCGACCAACAUCCCUUUGCUCCUCCUGGCCUCGGCCAUGUGCUACAGUCUCGGGCGCGACGAGCUUUCCGUGCCCGAGAUCACCGCCUCAGCCAUCUUACUCCAGAACACGUUCUUCUUCGCCUUUGGCGGCUCCAAUGCGAUCUCCUCUGUCGAUUUGUCGAGCGCGUACAAUGGCGUCAACGACUUCAACAUCAUGUAUGUUGGCGUCCUCACAUUCAUAGGCAACUGGGCCGGACCUAUUUUCUGGACUUUGGCCACCAACUCUCUGCUCUUGCGCAAGUGCAGAAAAGGCCAAGCCCAUGUCUUCCGCCACCACCUCACUCUGCUUACCCUUUUCACGACGGCCAGUGCGGCGUUUGUCAUGGCGGCUUGCACUGCGCUGCGAACACAUUUGUUCAUCUGGACAGUCUUCUCGCCCAAGUACCUCUACUGCAUGGCCUGGAGUCUGGGUCAGCAUUUGGCCGUCAACGUUGGUUUAGGGGGGCUUCUAUUCCAGCUCGGCGCAAGGUAG